AUGCACCAUCGUACCAUAUGCAAGGGAAAAAGAUAUGAUGUAUUGGUUGGAGGAACUCCCACCAAUCGAAUUGAUGCAUGUGUAUGGGCAGAGAAAAAUAUUAUAUCUUCUUCCAACUCUCGGACCCUCUCAAGUAACAAACAAGAUUUCGCUCACGCACUCUCUUCUCUCUUCGUUCUCUUCAAAAUGCCAUCUCAGAUUUUUCCCACACCCAAUCGUUCUCUUGAUUCCGCCUUCUCCACUCCUUCCUCCGCACUCCUCCGACCCAAACAAGACGACGACAAUGAUCCCUCCGCCAGCCUCCUCCACCAUUCUCCCCCAACCUUCCGAGACAUGUCCCUCAAGCCACCCUUGCCCAGGGCUUCCAGUUUCACCACCUCCCGCAACAAACCCUCCCGCCCUCCCCACACUUUCAACCAGAAACGCCGCCGCCGUGCCGCCAGCCAGGACUCCCUCCCCUCCGUCUCCGAUCAACCUGCCACCGCCACCCGCUCCUCAUUCGGGCGCGAUGUCGCCGCCGAGACCUUUCUCUUGACUCGCCUUGGCUUCAAGAUGCUUGGCUACCUCGGUUUGUCUGGCUCUGAGACACUUGUGGGUCCAAUCCGGAUUUGGGUAGGCUACAAAUGGAUUACUAGAUUUCUUGCCCUUGGAUGUUAUGCACUACUUCUUUUUCCAGGCUUUAUUCAAGUUGGAUAUUACUAUUUCUUCUCCAAUCAGAUACGCAGAAGCAUAGUUUAUGGAGAUAAACCGCGAAAUAGGCUUGACUUGUAUUUACCUAAAAAUAGCAAUGGUCCAAAACCUGUUGUAGCUUUUAUUACUGGUGGAGCCUGGAUUAUUGGUUACAAAGCAUGGGGUUCUCUUUUAGGUCAACAGUUAUCAGAGAGAGAUAUCAUUGUGGCAUGCAUUGAUUACAGAAAUUUUCCCCAGGGAACCAUCAGUGAUAUGAUAGCUGAUUCUUCUCAAGGCAUCUCAUUUGUGUGCAACAAUAUUGCAGAAUAUGGAGGUGAUCCCAACAGAAUUUACCUAAUGGGGCAAUCAGCUGGAGCACAUAUUGCUGCAUGUGCAAUUGUGGAGCAGGCAAUCAAAGAGGCAGGUGAAGGAGAGAGUACAUGUUGGAGUCUUUCCCAGAUUAAGACUUAUUUUGGUUUAUCUGGAGGUGUCGCAACUGUAAUGGGUUUCAGAAAUAGGAAGAUUCUGUUUGUUCCUGGCAAGCAUGAAGAAUUGCCAGUCUAG